CUCGAUCAUUGUUUUCUCUUCAAUCCUUCUUCUCUUCUGAUUUUUAUCAUAACUUCAGAACAAGAUUUUGUCUAACCGAGAAGUAUGAGAUGAGAUUCGAGAGAGGAGACGGAUUGAUUGAGAAUGGAAGAGAAAGCAAUACGGAUUUCGCACAAUGGAAGAGGCAAAAGAGAGAGAGACAUUAAAGGGUGGUCCAAUAGAAAACCGACACGUAAGAGUUCCUUACCAAGUCUAGAAAGCCCAAGUUAAACACCGGUUCUUUUUUUUUUGCCUUUUUCAUUUUUUUUUUCUAUUUUGCUUAGAACUCGUCUUAGUACUCCGACAAAUGGAGGUGGUCUUAAAAGUCUUUAGUUCAGAAUAUAUUGUUUUUUUCUUCUUCAUUUUUUCUUUUCUUUAAACCUUAGAUACGUUGGAGCUGCUAUUUAGUUGUGCAAUCGGUUAUUCGUUGGAAUUUAGAACGGUCUCUUCUCGUCACCUGCGUUUGGUUUAUUGCUGUUACUUACCAUUUUACCCCUCGAUUCGUAUGGACAUAAUUGCCUGAUUCGACAUCGUUUUAGACUGCCAACACAAAACGACGCUGUUUCAGCAAGAAAAUAGUAUCCCUCCUCUUCUUCUUUCGCAAACAAGUAGAAACUCCCGCCCAAAUCUGGUGACGAACACUGACGAAGACGAUGGCUGAUCCGUUGAAACUAAUGUUUGACGAACUAGGAGUCUGCACAGAAGAAGCGCUAUUCUACCUCGAAGGAUUCCGAUGGGAUCUAAACGCAGCGACGGAGGCUUGCCGCACCAAAACAUUACCGUCGCCGGCUCAACCUCCGUCGUCGGAGAACCAGAGAACCGCGGCGGAGGAACAAAGCAGAAACGAGAAGAUCUCGAGCUUCAUAGACCUUUCUCAUGGAUCGGCGUCUGUGGCCGACGCAACAAAGUACCUCAGCGACAACAAUUGGAGCCUAGAGCACGCCGCCCGCGCUUUCUGUGAACACCGCUUUGAUAAACCUGAGAAGAAGUCGAAACCCAUGCCGUUAUCUCACGACGGUGGUGAUACUGAGCCGCAGGUUCAUAGUACCUCGACAAAUCUCAGAAUCGAGAGCCCUCCUUGGGUUAGUACGGCGCCGUUUAGACUGGCACAGCAAAGAAUAAACCACUUCCACGAUGUCGUUUCUGCUGCCUCUGCAAAAGCCGUAAUCGAUUGCCUCAACUACUGCAAGGGGGAUGUAGAUGCCGCCAUCUUCUAUUUCGAUGACGUUUACAGUAAAAAGUUACCUGAUGAGAUCAAGGAAGAGCUCAUCGCUUCAUUCUCUUCGACCACUGGAGAGACUAGACAAGUUGCAAAAGUUUACCUGGAACAGUAUAUGUGGGAUCUACGCCAAGCCGUCGACUCUUUCUUUGAACAUAGUGACUCGGAGAAACAAACAUCUGCGUUGAAUAACAGAGAUCCGCCACUUGAAGAGGGUGGUGAAGGAGACGUCACAGUGGCUAUACCUGGGAUGGCGUCAUCUCAAGCGGAUGGUGAGGCUGUAGAGGAAGGUUCAAGCACGGAGACAGUCCCUGAUCCUAUUAUGAUAACUAUCUCCUUGGCAGAUACGUCUGGGGUAUCGCUGGAGCUUCCUUUUACAUCAGACCAAACCGUAAGAGACAUCCGCAAUGCCAUUGACCAGCGAUAUCCAAAUAACGACAGGGGCUACUUUUUGCAAUCGGGGGAUGGAGUAGACUACAUGGAUUGGAAUGUAACUGUAUACAGAGUUACUAGGGGUGAAUCUACAACUCUUUUCCAGAUCUACCCCUAGCCUUUGUGUUUGGUAACAGUUUUGAGAGAGAGUGAGAUAGAAAGAGGAUUCAUAUAGACGUUGAAAAGGAUUCUCGCUUUGUAUAGGAAAAAAAAAAAUAGAACAGAGAAGCUUCAUACUUGUUUUGAGAUGGGAACUGAUUAGAGGAGAGUUCUUAUUAUAGUUUUGAUUCUGUAUAGUUUGAAAAAAUAGCAGCUUCUUACUUUUGCUUUUCCUCAUUCUUGUUUGCAAAACGUGAAUAUUCGUUAUCCUGCUGGAAAUUUAUUACAAGAAACCUCUUAGCCAAGUCUGGUUGUCUCAACAAGAAGCCAGCAAAAGAAAUUGAUUUCAGACUCAGUAGCCCUUUAAGAGUUCAAAACACACUCUUCUCCUUUAUGGUGGAUAGAUAUAU